AUGUCGAUUCCUCCACUUGUUUGCAGCACUCCGCCACCACCCGAGCAAUGUGAAGACGAUAAAGACCCUGAAGAUUUUGAUUUAUCGUACAAUCUCUCACAAGAGGAAGAUGAUGACAGCACUGAAUACAAUUUUGUAAAUUAUCCUUCUUAUAAUAUUUACCAAACUAAAUCAGAUAAUGUGGAUACAGAAAAAUGGCCCUCUCAUUUUAAUGAAACAGUAGAAUGUAAGCAAGAAGAUAGUAUACAGUCUAAGGACAUAACAAGAAAUGUCAAUUUUAUCACAACUGACAAUUUAUUUACAGAAGAUAUACCAAAAUUUGAAGAAAAUAUAUUAGAGGAUCUUAACUUGAAAAUUGAAGCAGACGAUGUACAUUCUAAUGGUAUAUGUACAAAAGAAGAUGAGACUGAACCAAAAAUAUAUGAUACUGAAGAAAGUUCUGGUGUUUGUAACACACGAAUACAAGAUCAAGGUGGCACAAAUAUAAUAAAAAAUGAAGAAGAAAAUAUUACCAUAGAGGACACACCAGAGAUUGUUGAAUCCGUGAGUAACUGUGAUAACAAUGAACAUGUGAAUAAUGAAAAUAAUGAAGAAAUUAUUCAAUAUGUGUAUGAUGAAUUGACAGUUUCAUGUGAAAAUAAAUCAACUAAUACUUUGUCUGACAAUGAGCAAUCUACUUCAUCGAGCAACAUGAUAUCCGAACUGGCAUCCGAAGAGGCAAAAGAUCAAGCUGAACAUUUUAAUGAUGAUGAAUUUGGAGAUUUUGAAGAUUUUCAAUUUAAAAGUUCUAUUUACAACAAGGUGUUGCCACUAAGCAGUGAAAAUCCAUGGGACAGUAAUACUAAUGAAAGUCUAGAAUUUGGUGCAUUCACAGCAAAGUUUGACUCAAGUGUACAAGAAUUAGAUGAAAUAUCAAAUAGUCAAAAUGAUAAUAAAAAUGACAGUGCAAUAAAUGACGAUAAGGAUGAUGAUGAUGAUUUUGGUGAUUUUGAUGAUUUUAAAUCUUCUAGUAAUAUUCCCGAAGGUACAGAAGAGGCUAAAAAUGUAACUGCCACAUCAAAUCUUCCCGUAUUAAAUUUUCAUUCACAAGACAAUGAGUCACAGAUUGUGGAUACUUUAAAUAAUGUAUUGACUACUAUAUUUAUAAAUGAAAUAUCUGAACCUGACAAUAAUUUAGAUGACAAACUUGAACUGUAUCUUAGUGAAACCUGGGGGCAUUUAAUUAAUAUAGAUGUCAGACAGCCAUACAUGGUCAAUUGGAAUAAUUCCUUGGGGCAAAAAACUCUUUUGAAAGCAUUGUGCAUAGACUCCAGGAACAUCUUAUUUGGGCAUAAAUGGAACUAUAAUAUGCCAAAAUAUGCAGCAAACUUAAGUGUUGCUCCGCUACAGCCACAGAAACAACAAGCACACUCAGUUGCUCCUAACACAGAGACUGUAGAGAAGGCUGCUAGUAAGGAGAGCACAUGGGUUGAUCCUUUCACACCUGAUGGACAGGAAUACACCUAUGCUGAAGCUCUUCUCCUAGACUUAGAGCACCUAAUGGCCACUUUAGACCAAAUGGCUCACAAACAUUCCACAUUAAAAAUAUCUGAGCUACUCUCACAUGCUUGUAACACAGAAACCGAAGGCACGAAAGUUGAUACAGUUAAAAGACCAACAGAUUUAGAUGUUUUUGAGAAUGAAACUUCUACAAAAUUAAAUAAAAUUUACUCAAGCACUUUAAAUGUGCAACCAUUGCGACAUAUCAAUUUACCUGAUACUCAUAUAUUUACACCAACUGAUUCAGAAACACCUAGAUCAAAAACCAUUCACUAUGACGAUGGCCCUGCUCUUGUUCCUGCCCCUGUUAUAGAAACUGAUAAAAAUGAGCCAGAACAACUGGUUCAAGAACCUAGCAAUAUGGAAAGUGAUAAUGAAUAUUGGGAAUUCCAAGAUUUUAAAGGUAUGAACACUCAAGUUCCUGUAUUGAAUGCAGCUGAUCAAGAAAAACCUGAAGAAGCAGCCGCUAUGUCCACAUCAGACUCUUUACCCAAAGGUGGAAUUACUUAUCAAACACAAAUAUUACAACCUAUUAAAAUUGAACCUAUUAUGCCAACAUUGAAUUGGCCCGAUCCUGGAGAAGUGAAAGAGACAUUUGAUGACUUCUCUGACUUUAUUUCAAGCACCUCUUGGAGUAAUGACAAAUAUAAUAGUGUCCACGAUUUACAAAAAGAAGAUACAAAGGUUGAAGAUAAUAAAAAUAACAUUAAAACUGAAAAAAUUGAUGAUGAAUUUGAAACAUUCCAAUCAGCACCGGCACCAACAUCAGUUGUAGAAUUUGAUGUAAGUGCUUCUCUAAAUAGAAAUUUGGAACAUUCCAGCAUGAAAAUAAUAGCAAAUAAUGAUAAGGUAGAAAUGUCACAUACAAAAAAAUUAAAUGAGAUACCAACAGAAAUACCAACUUCUACAAUGCAGAACAAUGUGUUAGGGUUGCAAGAUUUUAAUUUCCCUCAACCUUCUGGUUUAAAUCCUAUGAAUUACCAAGCCAAUAGUAAUAUUUUACAACCAACAAGUUCGAGCACCAGUGAGACAGCUCGUACUCAGCAUACUACUGGGCAAAUACUACAGCCACUGUCCUUAGAAAGUUAUUCCCAAAUUAAUUGGCCUAAUCCUGGGAUAGACUUGCAAGAUCUCUCGAGGUUUAAUCCAGUCAAUAGUCUACAUUCAUUAAAAAGUGAAGCUAUUACAGGUGGGAACAGCAAGAGUGCGUCGCCCGCACGUAACUCUGUGCAUUCUCAAAAUGAUAUAGCAGAUGAUGAUAUUUGGGGUGACUUUGUAUCAAGUACACCUAAACCACAAACAUCACCAAAAAAACCUAUUACUUUCGUAGACGAUGACGAGUGGACCGACUUUGUAUCAAGCCCUAGUAUUAGACCUCAAAAUGGUUUGAACACGAUCAGUUUAAAUGUUCACACAAAUUUAAGUAUGCAAAAACCUUCAAGUCAUAAUAAAAUAUUGACUAGAAGUAAUCAAUUACCGCUCGAUAUACCAACUUUGAAUUAUAUCACACCUAAAUCGAAUAAUCGCGUUAUAUAUACAGAAAAACAUUUCCAAAAUUUA